GAUUGGAAUGAUAUUUGCAUACUGCGCAUUCAUACUGCACUUUUGCCGCUCCUUCGCAGCCCAAAAUCGAAGCGAAUAGGCCAAGGCACGAGGCAAACCAAAAGCAAAGGCAAAACGACGGCUGGCUGCCCAAGAACAUUCACCGUACAGUUAUGAUCUAACACAGACUCACUCCGACUCCGACUCCGACUUGCGACUUCUUCUUGAUAAAUACCUGGUAACUGAAUUCAAGGAAAGAUACUCCGUUUUUGAAAGAACUCUUCUUCCUCUUCUUUCUCUUCCUCUUCUUCCCAUCUUUCCCCAAAGUAACCUACCCACCUACCCACCUACCCACCUAGUAUUCAAAAGAAAGAAUACCCUCUACCCUCUCCUCUCUCCUCUCUCUACUCAAGGACAACAAAAAGUCAAGAACCUUUUGAAAUCCCAGACCACUUACUCACCAGUCCGUUAAACUACUGCAACCUCGAGAAAUUCAUCAACAUACUCGACAACCCUUCACACUACACAACACCCUCCACACAAUAAUACAUACUUCAAAAUGGCUUUGAAGAGAAUCAACAAGGAACUCACAGACUUGGGCCGUGACCCUCCCUCAUCAUGCUCUGCUGGCCCUAUAGGAGACGAUUUGUUCCAUUGGCAAGCUACUAUCAUGGGUCCUUCUGACUCGCCAUAUACCGGAGGUGUCUUCUUCCUCGCCAUCCAUUUCCCUACCGACUACCCAUUCAAGCCUCCCAAGGUCAGCUUCACAACCAGAAUCUAUCACCCAAACAUCAACUCGAACGGAAGCAUCUGUUUAGACAUCUUGAGAGAUCAAUGGUCCCCAGCUUUGACUAUCUCUAAAGUCCUUUUGUCCAUCUGCUCCAUGCUCACCGACCCCAACCCCGAUGACCCACUUGUUCCAGAGAUCGCACACGUCUACAAGACCGACCGAUCUAGAUAUGAGGCCACAGCCAGAGAAUGGACCCGAAAAUACGCCAUCUAAAUUACCUACUAUAACCUUCAAAUUACAUAUGACAAAGCAUGACGGAUCGGAAUAAUGGAUGGGUUGAUGAAUUUCCUCUGUGUUCUUUCUAUCUCUUCUAUUCUAUCCUAUUGCGUAAAGGAUUUGCUGGCGUCAACGAAACUCGAUGAAUGGACAACUUUUUGGUCUGGGUUUACUUAGGUACUUUACUCUUUUACACACGAAAUACAUUACAUGGCAGACUUGUAAGCGCUACUGCUUGGGGGGAAUAUUUUGCGAUGGAUUGGGGCAGAAAUUGUGGGAGAGGCGAGAAAGAUUUGUCGUGGAUAGAUAUCGGAAGAAUGCAAUAUGAUGAAUGAAUGGAUGGGUGGUGAUGGAUGAUAAAUAAGGGAUGUGCUUGGGGAAUUAGAUGAUCAUGUUGCAUGAUGAACGGGUUGUCGUCGUCGUCACCGCCUUUUUCUUACUAUUCCUCCUAUUCUUUGAUAUUCAGGUCCAUAGCAUUACUCGGAGCUUUUCUUACUUUGUGAUUUGCUGUUCCUUCUCGUUCGUGAU